AUGCCUCGAUAUUUGUCCUCCUUGCCCUCUGUCGAACCGCCCGUGUCCACUUCGUUGCCCUCCGACUCGUUUCAACUUCUCUCGACGGAGGACAAAGCCGGCGACGCAGAGGAUAUCCUGUUCAAACAACAAGUGGAGGAUGUAAAAGCAUGGUGGGCAUCGCCGAGAUAUAAAGGCAUCAAGAGGCCAUACAGACCGGAGGAUGUCGUGAGCAAACGAGGAACGCUACAACAAGUGUAUCCCAGCUCGCUCAUGGCGAGGAAACUCUUUAAUUUGCUGUCCGAGCGAGCAGCGGAGGGCAAGCCAGUUCAUACAAUGGGCGCAAUUGAUCCUGUUCAGAUGACGCAGCAGGCGCCCAACCAAGAGAUCCUGUAUGUAUCGGGCUGGGCUUGUUCAUCCGUCCUGACCACCACCAACGAAGUGUCCGCCGACUUUGGCGAUUAUCCGUACAAUACGGUUCCCAAUCAAGUUCAGAGACUGUUCAAAGCUCAACAGCUUCACGAUCGGAAACACUUCGAUACGCGGCAGAAGAUGACUGCCGAAGAACGAAAAAAUACGCCUUAUAUCGAUUACAUGAGACCAAUUGUCGCAGACGGUGACACCGGACAUGGCGGUUUAUCCGCCGUCAUCAAACUGGCCAAGCUAUUCGCUGAGAAUGGUGCUGCCGCAGUGCAUUUUGAGGAUCAGCUUCAUGGAGGCAAGAAAUGUGGCCAUCUGGCCGGCAAAGUGCUGGUGCCUGUGGGCGAUCAUAUCAACCGCCUCGUCGCAGCAAGAUUCCAGUGGGACAUGAUGGGCAGCGAGAACCUCGUCAUUGCACGAACUGAUUCAGAAAGCGGCAAACUACUCUCCAGUGCCAUUGACGUUCGAGACCACGAGUAUAUCCUGGGCGUGACUGAGGACACGGAGCCUUUGGCCGAAGUUCUUCAAGAGAUGGAGCUCAACGGCGCAGAUGGACCAGUAGUGGACAAGUUUGAGGCUGAUUGGGUCAAAAAACAUAAGCUUGUCACUUUUGAUGAAGCGGUUGAAGCUCACAUCAAAGCCGAGGGUGGAGAUGCCUCCGAGUAUCUCGCCAAAACCAAGGCGGAUCGCAACAUGUCUCUCUCGUCCCGCCGCAAACUUGCGUCUCAAUACACCAAAUCUCCCGUGGUUUGGUCCUGCGACGUCCCUCGCACUCGAGAAGGGUUUUACCAUUACCGAGCCGGCAUCCCCGCAGCAACCAAGCGUGCCAUUGAAUUUGCUCCUUAUGCAGACCUUCUAUGGCUGGAGACAGCGGACCCCAGCGUGGCAAAAGCUGCCGGUUUUGCCAGAGAGAUCCGUGAGGCGCACCCUGGAAAGAAACUCGUCUACAAUUUGAGCCCGUCGUUCAACUGGAUGGGUCAAGGCUUCGACGAUGCUUCGCUGAGGUCAUUCGUCUGGGAUCUUGCCAAGGAAGGCUUUGUGCUUCAACUGAUAUCCCUUGCCGGACUCCACUCCACAGCCACAAUCACCGCGGAGCUGUCACGAGGCUUCAAGGAAGAAGGAAUGCUUGCAUAUGUCAAGCUAGUCCAGAGCCGGGAGAAGGAGCUUGGUGUUGACGUUCUCACCCACCAGAAGUGGAGCGGAGCGCCAUAUAUCGAUGGGAUUAUCGGUGCCAUUCAAAGUGGCAGCAGUUCCAGCAGGAGUAUGGGCGAAGGCAACACGGAGGCGGGUUUUUAA